AUGGUGCUGCCACAAGACAAUGAGCCGGUGCUCAAGCUGCCGCACCCUUACUUGACGCCGUAUGUUCUGGCCAAGUCCUCCAAGGCCAACAAGAGCGCUCCCUUCUUUCAGGCCAAGCCUCAGCAGGUUGCCAAUGGCAAGGACCUGCCAGAGCCUCUUCACAACACCUCCCUCUUCUUCACCGAGCCGACAGACUUGAAGUCGAGCGAGAGGCCGGCCGAGUCCAACAACACUCCCUGGGGUCGUGCUCGACGAUCGCCCUCUUCAACCUUUUUGUGGGAGGGCGCAGAAGCUCCCACCUUGGGCCAGGCAUGGCUUCUUGUGUAUAUUCUCUUCACGGUUCGGCCGCAGAUGGAAUACUGCCGCCUGACUCUGGAAGGAGCCGGCAAGGAGAGCUUGGCCACGCAGCUCAAGAGCGUCCUGCUCGCCAUCGACCACCCCGCCAACCCCGAGACGGCUGAGGACGAGCUCCUGCUCCUGCGCAGCACCUUUUGGCAGGGCGCCGGCUCGCCUUUUGGCCCGCGCACCGCCUGGAUCCCCGAGGACGACGAGCCCGAGACCCCCAAGCCUCUGUCAUCGUACCCGUUGACGCCGUAUGAGAACACCAUGACCAGCGAGCCCAACACGGUGCUGACCUGGCACCCACGGCGGCCGGCCAAGCCCCGCCCCGGCUCCGUCAUCUACAGUCGCUACAUCCCGCACCUCAAGGAGAACUUCUCCAUGGUCGCGCUCGACUGGCAGAAUGAGGAGCACCUCCGCCUCUUCCACGAGUGGCAGAACGACCCCCGCGUCUCCCAGGGCUGGAACGAGACUGGUACCCUCGAGCAGCACCGCGAGUACCUGAGGAAGCAGCACGUCGACCCUCACCAGGUUACUAUUCUGGCCAGAUUCGACGACACCUUCUUUGCUUACUUUGAAGUUUACUGGGGCAAGGAGGACCGCCUGGGCGCCUACUACUCUGCUGGCGACUUUGACCGAGGCCGACACUCGCUGGUGGGCGACAUUCGCUUCCGCGGCCCGCACCGCGUGACGGCUUGGUGGUCCAGCUUGAUGCACUACCUAUUCCUCGACGACCCGCGCACCAUGUUUGUCGUUGGCGAGCCCAAGUACACCAACAGCUCCGUGCUCGGCUACGACUUUAUCCACGGCUUUGGCCUGGACAAGUUUGUCGACCUGCCCCACAAGCGGUCCGCGUUCGUGCGGUGCUCGCGCGAGCGCUUCUUCCAGCUCUCGCCGCUCGCCGAGAGCGAAAAGGUCGUGGGCGGAACCAUGGUCGGAUUGCUCCCCAAGCUAUGA